AGAGAAGACGAAGAAGAAAGCAGCUCUCCUCAAUGUACGCGCACUACUCGUAUUGCAGCUCGUUAGUUAUUGUUACUUUCUAGUUAAUCAUGAACAUUGUUGGAAACAUGAUUCAUCAGCAGUCACGUAGAAAUCAAUAAGCGGGUUUCACAGCAGUUAUCGGCGUCGUUAGUGGCAGUUUUAUACCGUAAAUCGAGGCUGUUCGCUAUCUGAGCUAGCUCCUGCUAACGGUGCUAGCCUCAGCUUCACUGCACAUUAUUAAGCAGGACUUUAAAAAAACAACAAAAAGCUUCAAAAUAAUCCAUCAAGGAUGGCGCUGAAGUCAGGAGAGGAGCGUCUGAAGGAGAUGGAGGCUGAGAUGGCUCUUUUCGAGCAGGAGGUCCUCGGUGGUCCAGUACCAGUAGCAGGAGGCCCAUCUGUCAUGGAGGGUCUACCUGUUGCUAUUUCUGUUACUGCGGUUCCUAUGAUUCGACCCAUCAUAGGCACGAACACCUACAGACAGGUUCAGCAGACGCUAGAAGCUCGAGCUGCUACUUUUGUCGGUCCACCGCCGACUUUUGUGGGACCAGUCCCUCCAGUUCGUCCUCCCAUGCUGAGACCGGCCUUUGUGCCCCACAUCCUGCAGAGACCUGGCGGUCCGAGGAUGCCCAUGAUGCGUCCCACCAUGGCCCCUCCCCUCCCCCGGCCCCCUCCGCCUCCACCCAUGAUGCUCCCUCCCAACCUGCAGCUUCAGACACCUCCAGGAGCUCCUCAGCCCAUCCAGCACAUGGCCCCUCCUGCACCUGCCCCUCAGGUCAGGGAAAUGGUCCCGAUGGUGUCGGCCCCUCCCAUGAGGCAGGGACCCCCGCCUCCCAUCAAACCCACGCCGUCGAUCAUCCAGGCUGCUCCGACCGUCUACUCUGCCCCUCCGACUCCUGCAGGACACAAACGGAUCGACGUCCGAGCUCAGAGACAGGCCAGAAUGGAGGAGCUGGCGGCGCGCGUCGCAGAGCAGCAGGCUGCAGUGAUCGCUGCAGGUCUGCUGGACAAGAAGGAGAGCGAGGACAGCGGCAACGUCAUCGGACCCAGCAUGCCCGAGCCUGAACCCCCCCAGCCUGAGCCUGUAGAGAGCGCCACAGAGGACAAGAAGAAAGGAAAGGGGGAGAAGGUGAAGAAGUGCAUCCGGACCGCAGCAGGAACGAGCUGGGAGGACGCCAGUCUGCUGGAGUGGGAAACAGAUGAUUUCCGUAUUUUCUGCGGCGAUCUCGGUAACGAGGUGAACGACGACAUUCUGGCUCGAGCCUUCAGCAGAUACCCGUCUUUCCUCAAAGCGAAGGUGGUGAGAGACAAACGAACAGGAAAGACAAAAGGUUACGGCUUCGUCAGCUUCAAGGAUCCAAACGAUUACGUCCGAGCCAUGAGGGAGAUGAACGGGAAAUACGUCGGCAGUCGACCCAUCAAGCUGAGGAAGAGCAUGUGGAAGGACCGAAACAUGGAGGUGGUCCGCAAGAAACAGAAAGAGAAGAAGAAGCUGGGCCUCAGAUAGUGUGUGUGUGUGUGUGUGUGUCUGAGUGUGUAUGUGUGUAUUGCCCCCCAGUGGACAGACUGCAGAACUGCAGGAGAGCAGUAUUUUAAUCUGUCCAAUCAGGAGACGUUCUGGAGUUGUAUAGAGUUGAAAUAUUUCUUCAUUCAAUAAAUUCAUCAUUUCUAA